GAGGGGCGGCUGCUGGCUCUUCGCAAUGAGCUCAUUCUCCCCGGAGGGAGCAGGAUUUACAGUGCAUCACCCAGCAACUGCAGCCUUCUUGUGAAAUUCAUCUUUAGCUUCUCCCCAGUUAGGCUGGUCUGAUUCUCCACUUUGGGGGUGUAUACAUGGGGCCAUCUUCCCAUCUGAUAUCAUGCUGGAGGGCUCACACUUGAUUCCAUGAGAUUUUGGACCUCCAGCCCCAACCAGGACGACCCUCGUCAAGCAGAUGUUUGUGGGAGAGGAAUGGUGUUAGUCCCGAGCGCUGUCGCCUUUGCUGGGUACUGCCGCGCAUCUUCCUGAAGCAUCAACACAACAAAUCUCCAACUCUUGGAAGAACAGGGUCAGGUCUGUAAGCACAGUGGUGCUGGUCCCUAUCUUGCUGUGAGGGGAAUCGAGAGCGUCCUUGGUCUCAGCUGGGACUUCAGUGAAGCUGCCCUCUACUGUUAAGCCUCUUUCCUCGUGCUUGGACAAGGGAGUAUUGCUGUUUGGUUGUGGUUUUGACUGAGUCAGGAUGAAUAAACCCAUGCAUUGAAGGUUAUCAUCCAAAAAUAUCGUUAUCCACAUUAACAAGGCAAGUAAGAAAAUGUAGUGAGACGGAGACAAGGACGAGAAGCCCCGAGCAAGCGCUGGGACGAGGGCCUCGGGGCAGGACUCCCCUCCCUGCCGUGCGGCCUCACCAUGUCCAAGAAGGGCACCAGCAGCCGAGCUCGGGGGGAGAAGCCAGAUGCCUUGGCUGCCCUGCAGUCUGCUAACGAAGAGCUCAGGGCCAAGCUCACCGACAUCCAGAUAGAGCUCCAGCAAGAAAAGAGUAAGGUCAGCAAGUUGGAAAGAGAGAAAAAUCAGGAAGUUAAGCAGAUCAAAGAGCACGAACAGCAUAAAAGUACAGUGGUGGUAACAGAGCUGAAGGUCAAACUUCACGAAGAGAAAAUGAAGGAGCUCCAAGCUGUUCGAGAAGCGCUUUUGAGACAGCAUGAAGCUGAACUACUUAGAGUAAUAAAAAUUAAAGAUAAUGAAAUCCAGAGACUACAGACCCUUCUCAGUUCUGUACGCGAUGGGGCUCCUGACAAAGUGAAAACAGUGCUGCUCACGGAAGCAAAGGAGGAAGCCAAGAAGGGGUUUGAAGUUGAGAAAAUAAAAAUGCAACAAGAAAUUUCAGAGCUGAAAGGGGCUAAGAAACAAGUGGAAGAGGCUUUAACCAUGGUCAUCCAAGCUGAUAAAAUCAAAGCAGCAGAGAUAAGGAGUGUGUAUCACCUGCAUCAAGAGGAAAUCAGCAGAAUUAAGAGGGAGUGUGAGAGAGAAAUUCGUAGACUGAUGGAGGAGAUUAAAUUUAAAGACAGAGCAGUCUACGUGCUGGAGAGAGAGUUAGGGGUUCAAGCCGGGCAUGCUCAGAGACUGCAGCUCCAAAAGGAGGCUUUAGAUGAACAACUUUCCCAGAUCAAAGAGUCUGAUCGGCAUCUGAGCAGCCCCAAGCGGGAACUUCCUUAUGCAAGUGGUGCAGGAGACGCUUCAGAUCAUUCGGGAAGCCCCGAACAGCAGUUGGAUGAAAAGGAUGCCAGGCGCUUCCAACUUAAAAUCGCUGAGCUGAGUGCCAUCAUCAGGAAGCUGGAGGACCGGAAUGCGCUGCUGUCAGAGGAGAGAAAUGAGCUGUUAAAACGUCUUAGAGAAGCUGAAAGUCAGUAUAAGCCUAUUUUGGACAAAAAUAAACGCCUUAGCAGGAAAAAUGAGGAAUUGUCACAUGCCUUACGUCGAAUGGAAAACAAAUUAAAAUUUGUAACACAAGAAAAUAUAGCAAUGAGGCAAAGAGCUGGAACAAUAAGGAGGCCAAGCUCAUUAAAUGACCUUGACCACAGCCAGGAAGAAAGAGAAGUUGAUUUCCUGAGACUACAAGUCAUUGAACAGCAAAAUAUCAUUGAUGAACUCUCAAAGACCUUGGAAACUGCUGGCUAUGUGAAGAAUGUAAUGGAACGUGAUAAGCUGCUAAGGUUUAGGAAGCAAAGGAAAAAAAUGACAAGAAUUCCUAAGAAGCCGGUUGUGGAGACAUUUUUUGGCUAUGAUGAAGAAGCUUCCUUGGAGUCUGAUGGUUCCUCUAUCUCAUACCAAACUGACCGGACAGAUCAAACCCCUUGCACUCCUGAAGAUGACUUGGAAGAGGGCAUGGCCAAGGAAGAGACAGAACUGCGGUUUCGGCAGCUGACAAUGGAGUACCAGGCACUGCAACGAGCAUACGCCCUAUUGCAAGAACAGGUCGGAGGAACAUUGGAUGCAGAACGAGAAGUUAAGACACGUGAGCAGCUCCAAGCAGAAAUACACCGAUCUCAGGCUCAGAUAGAAGACCUGGAGAAGGCCCUCGCUGAGCAGGGGCAGGAUAUGAAGUGGAUCGAGGAGAAGCAAGCAUUGUAUAGAAGAAAUCAAGAACUGGUCGAAAAGAUAAAACAAAUGGAAGCAGAGGAAGCUCGCUUAAAACAUGAUGUCCAGGAUGUUAAGGAUCAAAAUGAGCUUCUGGAAUUCAGGAUCUUGGAGCUUGAAGAGAGAGAAAGACGAUCACCCGCCAUCAACUUCCAUCAUGGUCCUUUUACAGAGGGGAAAAGCCCUCUUCAAGUCUACUGCGAGGCAGAAGGUGUAACAGACAUAGUAGUAGCAGAGCUGAUGAAAAAAUUGGACAUUUUAGGGGAUAACGCCGUAAGUAAUCUGACCAAUGAAGAGCAAGUAGUUGUCAUACAAGCAAGGACAGUUCUCACGUUGGCUGAAAAGUGGCUACAGCAGAUAGAAGUGACGGAGUCUGCGCUGCAGCAGAAGAUGCUGGACCUUGAGAAUGAAAAGGAGCUGUUCAGCAAGCAAAAGGGCUACCUGGAUGAUGAGCUUGACUUCAGGAAAAAGUCCUUGGACCAAGCUCACAAGCAAAUUCUGGAAUUAGAAGCCAUGCUCUAUGAUGCCCUGCAGCAAGAAGCUGGAGCCAAAAUUUCCGAACUUCUUUCAGAAGAGGAGAAAGAGAAGCUGAAGACAGCUGUAGAGCAGUGGAAGCGGCAGGUGAUGAGUGAGCUCCGGGAGAGAGACGCCCAGAUCUUGCGAGAGAGGAUGGAGCUCAUUCAACAUGCACAGCAGAGAAUUAAAGAGCUAGAAGAAAGAAUUGAAGGCCAAAAAAGACAAAUAAAAGAGUUAGAGGAAAAGCUUUCAUUCUUUGGUCAUAGUCCUUCAAGCCACACACAAAAGCCUACUGAGGAAGCCAGAAUUGCUUCUAGCAUUAUUAAGAGGAAGACAGCACUGAUUCGCAAGACAGAAAAAGAGACAUUGUCACUUCAAACCCUCCAAAUAUCCCUCACGUUUUGCUACUGUCAAUGGAAGAUGCAAUCUUUCUGACCCUUUCAGACUGAAGCUGAACUAGGGUAUGUGGAAAUUUCUGCACGGGUGCCAUGUGCAUCACUGAAACGUCUGACUGAGCAUUUUGAAAAGCUAAAACUAAGCUGACAAAGAAGAAAGCCAAAACCCCCCUCCCUUUCCUACAGCCACAGGCUCCUUCUUGGAGUCCUGGCUCUGCUGCUUGAACUAACUUUCAGUGGAAGUCCUGGCUCUGCUGCUUGAAAUAGCUCUCAGCUUUACAUAAAGAGCAGUAUAAUUCAGAUAAACUGAAUAUAUUUUGGUUCCCUGCUAAGCAGGUAGUAAAUUACUUCUCUGUAGAAGUGACCAUGUCCUGUUUUGUAUGUCACACAUCUAUAUUUGUUACUUAUCAUUAAUUUAAAAAGAUCUGUCUUGAAAGAAGAUUAUAGAAAGAGUUCCAGAGGAGUAACUCAGGAAAGAUAAAUGUGAAUGAAAAUGAAGUGAUUUGUUCCAAGUUAUUCCUUGAUAACACAGGGUAUGCCCAAUAGUUGGUUGACUAUCCCGCAAGCCCAGUUAUAGGGAAAAUGUGAAGCUAUGUUUGAACUCUUCAAGAAAGCAAGUUGCGUUUUUGGGGGGAGUGUUUGGUAAACCCUGGUCCACAGCACAAAGAGAAAAAUGGCACAAUAGUUUAUCAUUUGCUAUCCAUGAAUCAUGACAAAACUCUUAACACUAUUCCAACAAAAAGUUCAACCUGGAAAAGAGUGGAAAACACGUUAUCCCUGAUCUGCACACUCUGGGUCGAGGGAACAGAAGGUUUUAUCACCUUGAGGCAAAGGAAAAUGAGUACCGCAGAGUUUGAGCCCAGGAGGCUGGCACAGGAGCCAGGAAAUGAAAAUGGAUCCACUAGAAAAAACAGAUGAAGGAGGGAAAAUCCAGAAGGAAUCUCACCAAUGUGAGUCACCAAAUGGGAAAUAUAACUGAGUGCAUAAAUCUGGGGCUGUUGAGGAAGAGCAAGAACAAGCUCCCACCCACAGCUUUCCAUGGCUGCAGCGUCACUUUGGGCCCUGAGGUGCAGGAUGCCAGGGGGAACUGCCCAUCCCUUGGAAGCACGAGGCAGGAAGCAGAACCAGAGCUCCUGACAGGUACCUGCACUGCUUCCAAAAAUUUUGUUGAGUUUAUAAAGUGAAGAAGAAAAUCCCUUGACACUGAAAUUCUAGAAGCUCUCCAGACACUUGUACAUUGAUCAUCUUUUUGAAACUGGACCGUGUAAACAGCAAAGUGAGCUAAACUGCAAAAAUGUAACAAAACGAAUUGUUCAGAAAAGUGUUACAUUUCUAAUGAAGAAAGACAUCAUUUUAAGUCAAAGGUUAUGAAUCUUGAUAUCAGCGUAUGUCUAUAUUAUAAAGGUAAUUUAACAAAUUCCAGUUCUAUAAGAUACAAAUACCAAUAUUGGGAUUACAUUGAUGAGCUACAUUUUUACUGUUGCAUUUCAUGCUUAAAAUGUUGUUAAAUCCUCAGUGUCCAUUUUGAGUUCUAUUUACAUCCUUAAUGUCUUAAAAUAUUUCAUUUACUUGGAAGCACCGCUAAUAAUAGUUGAGGGAACUACCUGCGGUCCAAGGCGUUACUGAACUCUUGCUGGAAAUCUGCAGGAAUGUGCUGUGCUGGCAUCUCUCAAAAUGCCUUAAUUGAAAGGUCUGAAGAAACAGCCCUGGGAAUUCGG